GACAAUAACGAUGGGGGCUCGAGCGACUGAAACAACUCGGGAACUGGAAAGCACCUCUAUAAAGUAUCAAAUAGGAGGACAUGCAGAGAAAAUGUGGCAACGGCUCAAAGGAAUAUUAAGAUGCUUAGUAAAGCAGCUGGAGAAGGGUGACAUUAAUGUGGUGGAUUUAAAAAAGAACAUUGAAUAUGCAGCAUCUGUACUGGAGGCAGUUUAUAUUGAUGAAACCAGGAAGCUUUUGGACACUGAGGAUGAGCUCUCUGACAUCCAGUCGGAUUCGGUGCCGCUGGAAGUGCGGGACUGGUUAGCUUCCACAUUCACAAGGGAAAUGGGAAUAGUGAAGAGGAGACCUGAAGAAAAGCCCAAAUUCCGAAGCAUUGUGCAUGCUGUACAGGCUGGGAUUUUUGUAGAAAGGAUGUACCGAAGAACUUCUAGCAUGGUUGGUUUGGCUUAUCCAGCAGAAGUGAUAGUAACUUUUAAGGUGAUUUCCCAAUGGUCUUUUGACGUAUUUGCCCUAAAUGAAGCAAGUGGAGAGCACAGUCUGAAAUUUAUGAUGUAUGAGCUGUUUACCCGAUAUGACCUAUUGAGCCGUUUCAAGAUCCCUGUUCCCAAUCUUAUUUCAUUUGCUGAAGCUCUUGAAGUUGGUUACAGUAAAUACAAAAAUCCCUAUCACAAUUUGAUCCAUGCAGCUGACGUUACUCAGACUGUGCAUUACAUAAUGAUUCACACUGGUAUCAUGCACUGGCUCACAGAACUGGAAAUUUUAGCAAUGAUCUUUGCAGCUGCCGUCCAUGAUUAUGAACAUACUGGGACCACAAACAAUUUCCAUAUUCAGACAAGGUCAGAUGUUGCAAUAUUGUACAAUGACCGUUCUGUUCUUGAAAAUCAUCACGUAAGUGCUGCCUAUAGACUCAUGCAAGAAGAAGAGAUGAACAUCCUGGCAAAUUUAACCAAAGAUGACUGGAGGGAGUUGCGUAGCUUGGUCAUUGAGAUGGUCUUGUCUACAGAUAUGUCGGGUCAUUUUCAACAAAUUAAAACAAUGAGACAUACUCUACAGCAGACAGAGGGGGUAGACAAAGCCAAAGCCAUGUCUUUGAUUCUACAUGCAGCAGACAUAAGCCAUCCAGCAAAAUCCUGGGAACUGCACUACCGGUGGACCAUGGCCCUAAUGGAAGAAUUUUUUCGACAGGGAGACAAAGAGGCUGCUUUAGGUCUUCAAUUUUCUCCACUCUGUGACCGCAACUCUACUUUGGUAGCUCAAUCCCAAAUAGGUUUCAUUGAUUUCAUAGUAGAACCAACAUUUUCUCUUCUCACGGACUCAAUGGAGAAAAUUGUUAUGCCUCUUAUAGAGGAAGCAUCAAAAUCUGAAAGUCCUGCAUUUGGGACACCCAGCCAAAAUAGUUUGGUACCAGUAAGCUAUGCUGAAGCACAAAGACGACCCAGUUUUAAAAGUACAAGUGAUGGAGGGGCUCACACAGAAAAUUCUUUAGCAACUGUAGACCUAACGAGCUUUAAGGACAACUUGAUGAAGAUCAUUCAAGCAAACAAAGAAAGAUGGAAAGAAUUAGCAGUAGAAGAAGAACUUGUGAAAAAUGUUGGUGAACAGGAAAAAGACCAAGGCAGAAAUUCCACAGAUGCACAGUUACAGGAAGAGACAACAAGGAUACAAAAUGAGAGUAGUCAGGGAAGCGAUGUUACAGCCUGUCCUCCCAGAUCCAUCGUCCUACAAGUAGUCUCUUUCGACACUCCUCUGAGUGAUGAAUCCAACUCAGAAAAAUGCACUAACUCUGAUCCGAACCAGAAAGAUCUCACCGAUGCCCAGCAAGAAACACAGAAUACAGACCCACUGAAUGGUGAGCCUAAACACUGUAAGAAGUCAGAAGAUAUAGUAAAAGCCACUGAGCAGAAAGAAGCACUGAUACAGAACUAGAUUUGCUAUUUCUUAAAAGCUUCUGAUGUUUCAGGCAGGACAGGAGAAAAUAAGAACUCUAGCUGUUCCUACCCCAUGCUCUCAGAGGCUGUAAUCUGUCAACUUGUUCUUGGAUCAUUCUGUUUCUGUGGAGAGUGGACAAAACAAUUAAAAGUGUAAAACGUAAAACCCUGAGUUGGAAACACAAGGCACUUAACAACUCACAAGAUUUCAGUUAUAUUCGUUGUUGCUAUUUCCUCUUCUAUUCUGCUUUCUUAAACUAGCCAAAAUAAUUUUUUCAGCCAAAGUUGGACCUCGCUUUAUAGCAUCACCGACACCAGACAUUUCCAGUUAACCAUGAGACAUGUGAAACCAUGACAUUUAUCAUCUGCCCGAAAUUGCUGUUUUGUGUCACUGCUGCUGGCUUCCAAUGGAAAUGAAAAGUCAAAAUGAAAUGUUGUUAUAGAUACUUGUUCAUGCAACUAUGCUGCAUGCAACAUAAAAGUCUUACUUGUUAGCUUCCUUAAAAUAUCUGGAAAUAAAUAUGUAGACCAUACAGGGAAGUUGUAGGGUUACACUGACCAGCCUGCGUGGAUGAUGAUUCUUCCCCACUGUGGUGGCUGCCAUACGGAGAGAACUGGUAUUUAACAAAUCAGUAUUCAAAAUACCUCUUUAAAAAUAGCUAAAUAGCAUCCAGUAUUAAAUAUUAAAACAUUCUCAGUCCUAUAGUGUUUUGGAAGACAUCAGCAAUGGUGUCAGCCCUACUAUGAAGCUGAUGAUUACUUUUUUGUAGGGUGGAAGAGACAGUGACAGGAAUACAUGAAAAUUGCUUCACUUCACCAAAAUAUUGUGUUGCCUCUCAGACAGAACUGGAAGGUGACAAUGAGGCCUUAUAUCACGGUUUGUCUCAAAUGCAAAGGUGACAACAUGGAUCCUGUAAAAUCCUUGCUAGCAUUUGUUUCAUUAAAAGAAAACAACAGAGCAUCUUUCUCUGAGAGGCAGUGAAAAUGGAGCACACAAGCAGCCACCUCUGCAAGAAGCCUCAGAAUGAGUCCUCCAGCCCAAAUUGUACCCAGAAAAAGACCCCAUUUUCAUCUCUGCUUCCGUCGAGAUGCACAUGACUCCUCCAGACUUGCCUAGGUGUCCCAUGCAGCUGCAGCCAACCUCAUUUCCCUCUGCUGGAACCUUCAAGGAAAAUUCCAUGCUCCCCUUUGCAUUGUAGUCACUCGGGUGGCUCGGGUUGCUGCACUCCCCGUUCUCCUUUUUGGACCCUGUGGUUAUUACCUCACUGACCAAAAAGUCUUUAUAAUCAGCUGUGGUCUUUUCUGACUUGUGGGGCCAGUGGCAAUCCCCUCUAUGCAGAGGCCGAUGGAUGGUUAAGACCUAUGUGCUGCUUCAGGGAUCUAACCAGAGCUCAACAGGCACCAAGCUCAACCUCAACAAGAGCACACUUUGUCCGGAUUGAAGGAGUCAUAAACCAGUCACCCUAGACGGAGGGACCCUUACACAUCCAUACCUGUUGACUGUCUCUUUUCUGACAGCGGAGCAUUUGAAAUUGAGCUGGGAACAGUAAGUGCUCCGAGCCCUGGGAUUAAGGGCAUGCCAGAAGGUGGAAUUCCUGUCAUUGAAUAUGUAAGCCAUACACAGACUAUGCAUAAGUAGUGUGCAUAGUUUUAACUUAAGAAAUGUUUGUGCAUAUAGGAUGUAAAAAGUGCAUCUAAGUUGUUUUGUGUAUCUGGUCCACGGCUUGUAUUUAGCAUGGACAAAUUUCUGUACAGUGCAGUUAACGAAUGAAAUGUUAACGGAUGAAAUUGUAUCAUAUAUGUUAUAACGCAACUGAUAUUUUUUGCUAAGAGUUAAGAAUUUAUAUAUUCUCUGCUGGUGUUUGAGCAAAUCAUUAGUAGCCUAGAUCACUCUGUGCAUCUUUGCAUCCUUUUUGGGAAUGUUGAACUUUUUUUUUUUUUCUUUAUAAUAAAAUGUAAAUCAUUUUAUGGCUUCUUAAUGUCAUUAUGACAAGAGAAGAAACACUACGGUUAUCAGACUUUAUUUUUUAUUUGUAAAUUGCCAUAUGCUGUGCAAAUGGAAAAUCUUCUUGUUUAGCAUCUGAGAACUUGGGACCUUAUUUCAGAUAUGUUGAGCAUCUGCAGUUCCCACCAAA